AUGUUUAAAAGCAACAAAUUGCUACUUCUUUUUUUCAUCUUCUUGAACAUUGGAAAAAGUAAAAAGACCAAAAAUAAUUUAUACUACAAUUUUCUGGGCUCAGUUAAUGAACAGUUAAUAAAUAAUGACUAUAUUUUUUCCCAUCGUAAACAAAAAAAUGAAGUAGGUAAAGGUACACCAAAAAAUAAACCAGGAACAUAUUUCUUAAAGUAUAGCAACAAAAAUACCAAUAGAUUAAAUUAUUAUAAAACAGUGGGAAGCAACAAUGACAAAACGAGCAAAAUAAAAAGUACCCUAUGUGAAACACGCAACGAAGAAGGUCUUAACAAAGGUAAUAAUAAUGUAAAAAAUGUAGAACUAAAAGAGGCAUCUUUAUCAGAUAGAACAGAAAUUUUAAGCGAAGAAACCCAAACUAUUAACAAGAAUGAAGAAUUCAAACCUAAUAUUUUUGAUUAUGAUAUUAAAAAUCAGUUAGAUAAAGAAAUAAUAGCACGAAAACUAGAAGAUCAAAAGAAUGAAGUUAUAAAAAAAGUAAAAUUGCCAAUAAUAGGAACACAAUUGAAACCAUCGGGGGGCUUUACAAAAGAAAUUUUAAGUAUAAUAAGAGAUAGUAAUAACUAUAUUAAUGUAGUUAAUGAAGAAAUUAUAAAAGAUAAAAUAGAUAAAAAAAUAAGUGGUAAUGAUUUAUCCUUUUUUGAUACAGAUGAAACAUUAGAACAACAUGAGAUUAAGUACCUAAAUAAAAUAUAUGAUAACAACCAUGUUUUGAAUAUUUAUAAUUUUCUUUUAGUAUGGAAAGAAAAAAAGAAUCUAGACUUAUCUGUCUUUGUUUCCAAAAUUACAGAAAAUUCGAAUCUCCUUCCAGGGGAAAGGACAGUAAUUAAAUUUUCUGAAGUUGAAAAAGUUGAAUUUUUAAAAAAAAUUAAAAAAAAUAGAAAUGUAUGUGUAGCUAUGAUUUUUGUUGACAACAAAAGUAGAAGAAGCGAUGAAAAAGCAAUUAAUCAUAACAUGUUCCCAAUUGGAAUCCUUGCACACCCAUUAGAUAUUUCAUUAUUAGAUAAGAGUGGUGAAAUAUCUGUGUUAAAUUUAUACCGAUUUAAAAUUAAUAGUUAUAAUGUUACGAAUACUGAUUUUCUUGUAAACGCAGAACUUUUUGUUGACAGUAACACAUCUUUAAAAAAUUCUGAAUUAACACAAGAAAAUAAGAAAAUUAUUAUAAAUAUGUAUGAUAAAAUAUUAGAUCUUAAAAUGAGAUAUAAUGAAAAAAUUGGAGAAACUACAGAAAAUGAAAAAUUAAAACACCUUGAGAAAAUAAUGGAGAGAAUUGAUGAAUAUGUUAAUGUCCUAAACAUAAAUAAAUCAAUUGAUUUUAGAGAUAAUAAACUAAACUUUUAUACCUCAUUAUAUUUAGAAUACUUUUCCUUUUUACCCUUAGAUAUACAUGCUAAUGUACACACAAAAUUGCAAAUGAUGUAUACCGACAACACAGAAUUGCGUCUGCAUAAUGUCAAAACAUUUCUGAUGCAAAUUUAUGACGACUUAAAAAGCAAGUUAAAAGGCCUUUAG